AACUAAUUUAAAAAUAAAUUUUAGUGCCUAUUUCGCCAUUGCCAUUGAUUAACACGACCAAAACACGACGAUCGACGCACAGGUUACAAAAAUGAAAGUGAACAAAAUGACUAGUUUUUGUAAAUUUGUACACUUUGUGUGCAUGGUGAUUGUGCUAGGAUUUUUGGAUACGGCCAAUACACAGUAUCAACAUUAUUUGGAUAGUUCGAACUUCAAUGAGCUUUACAGGCAUACCGAUGAGCCUAUCAUAGAGGUGUUAAAGCUGGGUGAUAGCGAGUACAGCUUUAUGCAAUUGGAGACUCCAAUUCAUUUUUAUAGUGAAACAUACGAUCAUAUUUAUAUCAAUACAAAUGGCAUCUUAACAUUUAUCACUCAAUUUCCUGAAUACCUAAAUCAACCAUUCCCAUUGGAAUACCCAUCAAUUGCACCAUUUUUCUCCAACGUCGAUACAACCGGUGCAAAUGACUCAACCAUUAUCAGUCUUUUCAAGUCACAAAAUCCUGAGAAACUCCAAAAAGCAAAUGGUCUUAUUCGCAGUAUAUUUCCCGAUGAAUAUGAUUUUGAAGCAACAACAUUGUAUGUGGCUACAUGGGAGAAUGUUGGUUAUUAUGAUGGUAAAACUGAUAAGUUAAAUACUUUUCAGGCUGUUAUAAUUUGCAACUUGGACGAAACCUAUGUGCAAUUUAUCUACCCUAAGGGCGGCAUCAAUUGGUUGCAAGCCGAUACUGGAGAACUUGGUCUACCUGAUGUUCGAGCUCAAGCUGGUUUUAUUUCGGAAGAUGGAAGAUUCUUCAACAUUGAUGGAUCUGCAACUGAUAAUGCUAGGUACUUCAGUGAGAUGUCAAACAUUGGUAUCGAUGGAGUCUUCCUCUACCACGUAGGUCUCCUAGACUUCGAGUCAAACAUUUCCGACGCAGUUAGUCAGGAGACUAUUACAGAGCAUGCAGCUCCAAGAUCCUGUGCCGAAGGUCAUUUGGGAACUUGUCAUUCGUCAGCUUCAUGCAUCGACAAAUCAGAUGGAUUUUGUUGCAAGUGUCUCAAAGGUUACUACGGAAACGGUCAGUCAUGUAUCAAAAACACAGUCCCUAUUCGAGUGUCUGGAUCGCUAAGCGGAAAUAUUAACAAUCAACCUGUUGACACAUCUGCUAAGCUGCAAUCAUACAUUGUUAUGCAAGAUGGCCGCAGUUAUACCGCCAUUAAUCCCCUCAGUCACGAUUUGGGCGCCCAACUUAAGUUGGCUCUGCCAGUUGUAAGUUCGAUUGGAUGGCUCUUCGCAAAACCACUUUCCGCCGAAGGUUUGAAUGGCUACCAGUUGACCGGUGGCAGACUUGUUCAUAACUCUGAGCUGAUAUUCAAAUCUGGUGAAGUUCUGCAUGUAAAUCAAACAUUCGAAGGUUUGAACCAUUGGGAUCAACAAACAGUUAAGAUCGAUAUCAAUGGACAUGUUCCACAAAUUAGGUAUGAUGAGAAAAUUCAAAUUUCUGAUUAUAUCGACGAGCUAACCUUCACAUCGCGGAAUACAAUUUCGUCAACUGGAGAGCAUUAUAUUGAAAUUCCAUCACAGAACAAAGUGAUUGCUUUUGAGCUGAAUCAAAAGAUUUCAUUCGAAUCAUGCCAUUUGGAUCAUGAAACUGAUCCAACUGGAACAACAAUUCUUGAGAAAAUUUCCAAAAUCACCUUGGAUUACUUCCCACAAGAUCAGGCUCUUCGAACUGGAUUAUUGGCGAAGAUCGGUGUUGAUGUUGCUAUGAAUGCUUGUUCGGAUGGUUCAGCAAAUUGCGGGCAAAAUACUGUUUGUGUGCCGGAAGAGGACUCAUACAGCUGUGUUUGUAUGAAUGGCUUUGCUCCAGAUGUGAUCGAUGGAGAUCGAGAAAUUUGCGUUGAUAUUGAUGAAUGUCAGACAGGAUCGCAUAUUUGUGAUGACAAUGCUAGAUGUGAUAACACUCUUGGUGGUUAUAACUGCCUUUGUUAUGAAGGUUAUUAUGGAAACGGACAUGAAUGUAGUCCAAUUGGUGGAAAUUAUAUUGUUGAAUCAACAACAGGAAGUAGUGAAGAGGAUGCCAAUAUUAUCGAUCAAGAGAGAAGAGAAGAAACAUUGAGGAUACAAGAAGAGCAAAGGAGAGAAGAAGAAGCUAGACAAGCUGCUAGGGACGAACAAUGGAAAGAGAGUCAAUUGAAAAAAGAACAAGAGAGAAUUGAUGAGUAUAAUAGGCGAGAGGAAGAAGAAAGAAGAAUGGAAGAAUCAUGGCGUCAAGAGGAGAUUCGAAGAGAAGGUGAGAGGAAACAACAAGAAGCUGAGAGAAAUAAUGAGCGAAGAGAAUUUGAAGCUAGACAAGAAGAGGAGAGAAGAGCAGCUGAGAGAAUGGAAAAUGAGCGCAGGGAGGAAGAAGAGAAGAUGGAAUCGGAGAGAAGACAAAAUGAAGAAAGAGAACAAGAUAGGGCAGAUGAAGAGAAAUGGGGAUAUGGAAGGAGGGAAGAAGACAAGGAAGAAAAUGGAACAGAGCAGCCAGAACAAAGUUCAGAUUGUUAUCGUUGUUCAAAGGAUGCCAAUUGUGUAGAGGGCCAUUGCCAAUGCCGCGAAGGACACGAAGGAAAUGGUUUCACUUGCGAAUACAUUUGCAAUCCCGACGAAAGCUGGGAGGAUGGCAAAUGUGUUCCCUCCACAGUUGAACCAAAUUGCGGAUUUUUCGGUGAUUGUUCCUGUCCCGAAGGAUAUGAACUGGCUUCAGAUGAAAACAUUUGUCGGUCUAUUGGCUCUAAUGACCUCGGUAAUGAUAUAGUUACCUGUGAUGUUGAUGAUACAUGCCAUCAGAAUGCAACUUGCGAAUGGUCCGAACAAGAAAUGCGUCACAUUUGCAUUUGCAUUCAUGGUUUUGCCGGUGAUGGCUUCAAAUGCAGCCGAAUUGAUGAGUCAUGUACAACGAAUCCAAGUUUGUGUGGAAAUCAUGCUACCUGCGAAUAUAACGAAUCAAUUGGCAAAUCCGAAUGCAAGUGCGAACCACGAUACGAAGGUGAUGGAAUCCUAUGCAAACUCGCUCCCGAAUGUCGUUCCGAUGUGGAAUGCGGUCAGUCAGCGUAUUGUGAUAAGGGCGUCUGCCAAUGCAUCGAAGGAUACGAACGUGACUUGUCAGACUUUUGUGUACCGGCUGGCAUGUGCGGUGGAACUUAUUGCGCUGACAAUGCUAUGUGCAAAUGGGAUAACAAACAACAUGUUCAGUAUUGCGAGUGUAUGGAAGGAUAUAUGGGUGAUGGAGUUAGCAGUUGCAAGAGUAUACCAACAUCGUGUCGCGUAAGGAAUACAUGUGGGGUGCAUGCUACUUGCGAACCAUCUAGAACUGAUGCAAAUAUGUUUGAAUGUAUAUGCAAUCCUGGAUUCUAUGGCGAUGGAUAUCUUUGUAUUGAGGAGCAGAAUUGUCAGAAUACACCAUCAAUGUGCGAUCCAAAUGCUAGUUGUCAGUCGAUAAAUAGUGGUAUUGCUUGUGUUUGCAAUCCUGGAUAUCUCGGCAAUGGAACAAUAUGCCGAGAAAGGCCAACAUACGAUUCUGGAUUUUUAUUAAUAAGUCAAGGAGUUGUCAUCGUGCGUGUGCCAUUCAAUGGCAAACAAAGUCGACCCAUUUCAGUUGCUUCUAUGGCAAUUGGACUCGAUAAAGAUUGCAUCGAAGGACGUGUCUAUUGGGGUGAUAUAUCAGCGAAGAAAAUCAUCAGUGCUAAAUAUGAUGGCACAGAUACUCGUCCGUUUAUCACAGAAGAUAUCGAAUCACCAGAGGGCAUUGCAAUUGAUUCAGUAUCUCGACGUAUCUAUUGGGCCGACUCGGUUAAGGACACAAUUGAAGUGGCCAGCUUGGACGAUCCCAAGAUGAGAGCUGUAUUGGUGAAUAAAAAUUUGGUCAAUCCUCGAGGCAUUGCUGUUGAUCCAUAUAGAGAGAAACUUUAUUGGUCGGAUUGGAAUCGUGAAUCACCAAAAAUAGAAAUGUCUGAUUUGGAUGGAACUGGUCGUCAAAUUCUCGUCGAUAUGUCAAGGGUUGUCCUUCCAAAUUCAUUGGUAGUUCUUAAAAAUAGUGGAGAAUUGUGCUUUGCUGAUGCUGGUAGUCACAAAAUUGAGUGCAUUGACUCAUAUUCGAAGGAGAUUAGGACUGUUGUGUCGGAUUUGUCAUAUCCAUUUGGAUUAUCUGCCACCGAUAAUAGUUUCUAUUGGACUGAUUGGACAACAAAAAAACUUGAACGUGUCGACUUUGACGGUACCCGUCAUCAAGGUAUGCGCACUAGAGUCUUUGGAAGUCACAAAAUGUACGGCAUGACAGCUGUUGAAGACUAUUGCCCUCAAGGCUCAAGUCCAUGUCAAAUAAAUAAUGGUGGAUGUCCGUUGGAAAGGAUUUGUCUGGCAAAUCGAAACUCACCAUCUGGUAAAAGUUGUAAAUGCACAAAGAUGUCAAAGACCUGCGAUGUGCAAUUUUAUGAUGAAAACUUUCAGCAAUUUGUUUGAGGAGAAUAAAAUAGAAGAUUUUAUUUUUUAUUUAAAUAAAAAAGAUAAUUAAAAUUAAUGCUUUAAUAUUAAAACAAAAGAUAUUUUUAAAUAUUUAAUUGAAUAAUAUUUUAUUGCGUAUAUGACAAAAA